UUUCACGCUAACAUGAUCACCGAUGUAAAUAUUUUCUUAUACAUGUAUCAUAUGGAAAUCUCGAGUAGCAUCUUAAUUUGUUCUGUUGGUGUUGAUUACAAUAUGCUUUCACUUGAACUCUCCAUCUGGAACCUACUAAACCGGAAAUUGUUCUUAUUGCUUUCACAAUAUAUCCUCAGGAAGGAUAAUUAUUUCCGGCUGCGUAAAAUUUAUUACAGUGCCGCUGAUAGACAAAGGGAGAGAAACCUCGAUCAAACAAGUCAGAUAAUCGGCUCAUAUACCUAUCCUCCUCCUGCCGGGUCCAAAAAACUACUACAAGCAAUGUAAUGAUCAGGAGUCGUAGCUACUAUAUGCUCCUUGUUUUGAUAUUUCCCAGGCUGCUCUAAGUUUGGUCCGUUUUUCUUAAGUCAGAUGGAAAAGAAGUACUACUCAAACAAAUACGGCUGAAGAAAUGAGUUCGCCAGUUUUAUUGCCUUUUUUUUCUCGUUUGCAGUGCUAACUCCUUUUUGUAUCAAGUUUAAGUUUUCUAAGCAAUUUCUCGGCAGCUCACUAUUUUCAACUUUACUUGCUUCUCUUGAAAAUGGUAUGAAAUAUUUGCAUUCAUCUUCUUUCUUUGAGGUUUACCGCCAACUCGCUUCAGGGAAGUUAUUCGUUUAUCUGAGAUCAACUUACCAUGAAUUUCAGGCUCUGUCUCCCAUUUCCUUUUAACCUUCCAAGACAACUCCUUGAAUGUACGACACUCUAAGAAAGACAGGUCCUAAAGAGAAACAGGAUAAAAUAGGAAUUCAGCAAUACUGGGUCUCGUUUCGCUUCCGUUCGGCUCUUUGAAAGCAGCUUCUAAAGGAGAAGAAAACACUUUUGCUGUUCAGCUCCUCGUUGCUCUUUUAAAUUGCUUCCAAUACAACUAGCUCAUGGCUUACUAGAUAACUUGUAACAUUCACUUAUCUGCUUGUCUACAGAAAUUGCAGCGAAUUCCAAAAGUUCUGACGAGAAAUAUUCCCGAGGCAACCCAAGUUUUGG